GCCAAGCAAGUGCCAAGCAAGUGCCAAGCAUCUACAGCGAAACACCACGACCUUUCCUUCCGAGUGUUCAUCCAUCUCAUCCACUGAUAGCUAGUUUGAUAGAUUGUUACUGUACUGAACCAUCGAAUCGAAAACAAAUCAACAUGUCCUGGACCCUUCAAAGCUGUUGCGAUACCCGAGAAAUUAUCUUCUUGUGCUGUUAUGGCGGGUAUGCUCUGUUUACGCUCUUGUUCGAAAAGACAUCGCUGCUGAAGCCGAUGCGGUUGCUGGGAACGUUCAUUCAUGAAAUGGGUCACGCAUCGGCUUGCUGGAUGACGGGAGGCAGUGUCAAGAAGAUUGAAGUCUACAACAAUGAAGGUGGUGUGACGGGAUACACGGGUGGUGUCCGAUUCAUUGUCAUUCCAGCUGGAUACGUGGGAUGUGCCUUUUGGGGUGGAUGCUUUGUCGCUCUCAGUGGUCAUCGCAUCGGUGCUACUGUAGUAGCCAGUAUCAUUACAGCGGCGCUGCUCGUUUCUCUAUGCUACAAACCCAACACCGUGGUGGUGGUCAUUACUCUCUUUUUCUCGGCCAUCAAUCUCACAUUGCUCUUCAUUGAGUGGUAUGUGUUCCAUCCUAUUCUAGAAUUUGUGGCACUCUUUUACGGGGUCUUUAUUGGAUGGCAUGCGGUCCGCGAUAUCUACGACGAUUUGAUUGUUCGAACAGCCGAAGGGAGUGAUGCCGUUGCCUGUCAUCAACUCAUCCCAUGCUGUAUGCCUCGAUGCGUGGGAGUACAAUUUUGGCUCGUAGCCUUUGCUUUCCAGAUUGCGGGACUUUACUUUGCCCUCGUAUGGCUGACUAGUCAGUAAAAAUGAGGUCGAAAGAAUAACCAAACAAUCCGCCUACCACAACCUCGUAUGGGCGGAAUCGAAUCGAGUGACAGUCAUUCUUCCGAAUCCGUUGCACACUGUGGGCACAAUUCAAGAUCCCAUACCUUCCACAUGCAAAUUAACCUCUCCAAGCAACGCAGUGAACGAAAACAUAAUGUACAUCCGUAAUGAUAGCAAAACAACAAACAAAUGCGCACCGUACCU